AUGCUCCAGCCACACUCAAAGGAAGCAAAGGAAGGCAGCAUGGAGGUCACGGAUGUAGCGCCAGAAGUACUAAAGCAGGUUCUGCUGUACAUGUACACAGGAGUAGCUCCAGCUCUCAAGGACAUGCCGUUGGAGCUGUUGAUGGCUGCUGAGAAGUACCAGCUGCACCAGCUAAAGCGUCAGUGUGAGACCCACAUCGCCAGCUGUCUGAAUGUGGACAAUGCCGCAGCAACUGCAGCCAAUGCAUCUGUUUUCUCCUGCGACCUGCUAUGGGAUCGUGCUAUCGUUUUCAUCAGGCACAAUCUGUGUGAGGUGAUGCGCACAAAAGGAUGGGCUGAGACUGUAACCGUACAUCCUGAAGUCAUACAACGUAUCAGUGAGCUGAUGGGAUGA